AUGACAUUCAUACCAAAGAGUGACGAAACAAAAGAGAAAGUUAUCUUAGAAGCUACAGCUAAAGAUGACAUCGAAAUUGGUCAAAUGACCUCGCUGGACGAGGCCGAACUAUUCCUGCAAGAACAUGGUGUUACGGACACUCAGUUACAAGAGCUGCUUAAUGACUCGAAGAAAUCAAAGGAAUUAGUGAGAAAGGUCGACUUGAUAGUUCUUCCCCUUCUUUGUGGGACGUAUGUGUUGCAGUAUAUCGACAAGCAGGCUCUUGCGUAUAGUGCUGUGUUCGAUCUGUUCACAGAUGCCCAUAUCAACAGCAAUCAGUAUAGCUGGCUAGUCAGUAUUUUCUACUUUGGAUACCUCUUCUGGGAAUACCCGGCCAGUCAUCUUGCCCAACGGCUUCCGACCGGAACUGUGAUAUCGUCAUUCGUACUCUCCUGGGGGUCAAUGUUGAUGAUCACUGCCGCCUGUAACAACUUCACCGGGUUGGGAAUUACCCGCUUCCUGUUGGGCUGCUUCGAGGCCCCAAUCACACCAUGCUUUAUGAUGAUUGUUGGGAUGUGGUAUACACGCCAGGAACAGCCUUUCCGUGCCGGAUGCUUCUACUGCUGCAAUGGUGUUGGUUCCAUGCUCGGCGGCCUGAUCACAUUCGCCAUCGGACAGAUCAAGACCUUCCCAGUCUGGCGAGCAGUCUUCCUGAUCUGCGGUGGCGUAACAGUUAUCUGGGGAGGAAUAUUGAUGCUCUUCCUGCCCAACAGCGUCUUGACCGCAAAACGAUUCUCGGUUGAAGAAAAGAUUCUACUCGUGGGCCGAGGAAAGCAGAACCAGACAGGAAUCCUCAACCGCUCAGUAAAAUGGUACCAAAUCCGCGAAGCCUUCAUCGACCCACAAGUCUGGCUCUUAUUCCUCUUCACUCUCCUCAACGAAACCAUCAACGGCGGCACCGCAAAUUUCGGAAAAUUAAUCAUAAAAGGCCUCGUCUCAAGCCCCCUCCUAACAACAGCCCUCGGCAUCCCCCAAGGCGCCUUCCAAGUCCUCUUCAUCCUCUCCGGCUCCUACCUCUCCACCCGCUUCAAGAACAUCCGGACAAUAAUCAUGAUCCUCUACCUCAUCCCCACAGUCAUCGGAAUCAGUCUCCUGUGGAAACUCCCCCGAACAAACCGCUACGGCGUCCUGUUCGGCUACUAUAUCCUAGGCGCCUACGUCUCCUCCCUAGUCCUCUCCCUCCAAAUGCCCUCCAGCAACAUGGGCGGCUACACCAAACGCGUAACUGCCACCGCCUUCGUCUUCCUAGCCUACUGUAUCGGGAAUAUCAUCGGUCCGCAUGCUUUUCUUGCCAAGGAGGCCCCGAUUUAUCAAACAGGUUGUAAGAGGAAUAAGAGGAGGGAGGAGAGGAUGCGGUCUGAUCCUGGUUUGGAUGGGCAGGGUGAGAGUGAUGUUAUGGCUGAUUUGACAGAUUUUGAGAAAAAGGAAUUUUGGGUGGAUUGCUAA